AUAGUGGGUCUGGGCCUGGGCCUGGGCCUGGGCCUAAAAGCCCAUCUAUCUCUCUCUUCUUGGGCUACAGAAAACUGCCCUAGAGAUGAGAGACGGAUGCAAAAAUUUCGGGGGGGACGGCGGAACGAAGACCUUCAGUAUCAUGUCUGCCGAACACGACGGCGGCGGCGGCGGCGGCGGCGGGGACGACAUUUGCCCCAUCUCUGUGAUCCUUGCUGAGGAGGAAAUUGAUAAAUUAUCUCUGCUACAUAACGGUGUGGCAUCUGAAUUGCAGCACCAUUUUAUCCGUUCAAUAAACUCGACUCUAGCGAUCAGGCAGCUACCUUCCCGAGGGCUGUCCUUCCAGCUCUGGCCGGCGGCGACCACCCUCGUCAAGCUUCUCGACGAACAGCGCUCUCAUCCUGAAACCAGCCCUCUCACUCCCACUCUCACCGCCUUACGCGACGGCUCAGACCGUCGAACUCUGGAAGUUCUCGAGAUCGGCUCCGGAACCGGUUUAGUCGGAAUCGCCGCCGCCGCCACACUCGGAGCAAUAGUAACGGUGACCGAUCUCUCGCACGUGAUCCCCAACCUCCAGUUCAACGUCGAAGCAAACGCCGAGGUUUUGGCGGCGAACGGCGGACGCGUUCAGGUGGCGCCGCUGCAUUGGGGAGAGGCCAUUGACACCGAACUGAUUGGGCGAGAAUUCGAACUCGUACUGGCUUCCGAUGUGGUGUACCAUGACCACUUGUACGAUCCUCUUCUCCAAACGCUGCGGAGCUUUCUGUUGGGCGGAGGAAACCCCAAAAUGGUGUUUCUGAUGGCCCAUUUGAGGAGGUGGAAGAAGGACUCGGCCUUCUUCAAGAAAGCGAGGAAGUUGUUUGAAGUGGAGGUUUUACAUACGGAUCCUCCGCCGCCGGGAGCGAGAAUUGGAGUCGUUGUAUACCGUUUUGCUGCCAGGCAGAGUAAGAAAUCGGCCGUCGGCUCUGCAAACGAAGGGAAAGGGGAGAUGCUAGUAAAAUACCUGCAUUCCGGGCCUUGAUAUGAGCACUGUUCGGCCUAAACGAUCAUAGAAAUUUGCUCUAUAAGCUUUGCCUGUCUCGCCUUCAUGUGCCACUUCGUGCUGCAUCAUAUGAUAAAUGUUAAAAAAAAUCUGAAAAUGAAAGUAAAUCAAAUCCAUCUAAUUUUAUUAA